AUGUCUUGCUACAGUGAGUCCUGCAGAGCCUGUGGGGUGACCUGUCCUCAGCCAAUUGCCGAGAGCUACAAUGAGCCAUGUGUGCAGCAAUGCCCUGACUCCAGAGUAGUGAUCUUCCCCCCACCAGCUGUGGUGACAGUCCCGGGCCCCAUACUCAGCUCUUUUCCUCAGGAGAGCAUUGUGGGAUCAUCAGGCCCAGCCUGGUUGGGGAGUUCCUUUAGUUCCCGAAGCUCCUGGGGCUAUGGGGGCUCCUUGGGCUUGGGGAGCUACGGGGGUUACGGGAGCUCCCUGGGCUUGGGGGGUUCCUCUGGCUAUGGGGGCUCCCAGGGUUAUGGGAGCCCCUUUGGCUUGGGAGGCUAUGGAGGCUACAGGCGCUCACUUGGGUAUGGCCGUUCCCUAGGUUAUGGAGAUGAUAUGGGCUAUGGGGGCUCCCUGGGCUGUGGGGGUCAACAUGGGUCCAGUGGCUUUGGCAAUUUUGGGAGGUCCUACAGCUCUGGCUUCUCCUCCUGUGGCACGGGAUAUUACCUCCCUGGUGCCCAGAGGUGGGGCAGGUCCCACCGCAGGAGCUGCGGGGCUUUCUAA